AUGAAGAAAAAAAGGACAAGAAAAACAAGAAGGAAAAGACAGACACAUUCCUCAAAAUUCAUACGCGCAAAAGAACUGCGAAUAAAGAAACAAUAUAAAACGCGAACGAUGAAACUGGUCAAGUUUCUCCAAAAGUUAAACAACGAAACGGUGACGAUCGAAUUAAAAAACGGGACCACGUGUUCGGGGACUAUUUUAGGCGUAGACAUUAGCAUGAACACGCACUUAAAAUCAGUCAAGCUCACCGUCAAAGGCCGGAACCCGCAAACGCUCGACCAUCUCUCCAUUCGAGGGAACACCAUUCGGUAUUACAUUUUACCGGAAUCGUUAAAUUUAGACGCUCUGCUCGUCGAAGACAUGCCGACGAACAAAAGUUUAAAUCGAUUGCCGAAAGAAGACGGAAGUGGAGGAGGUGCAGGUGCUGGUGCUGGUGCAGGGAGAGGACGAGGACGGGGACGAGGACGAGGGAGGAAAUGA